AAUGCAGCAGACCUGCAGCGAAAAUGGCACGCUCUUCCUCUCGCACAGUAGGUUCGUGGGCACGACGCCUCCCGUGCUGCGACGGUGACGGUAGGAAUAGGUUCAGUAGUGGCGGCAACCUCUCCGGCGAUCUUCUGCCGUCGCUCGGCGCAACGGCGCAGGCACAGCAGCAGCCUCCCAGGCUCAGGAGAAACCUCGUGUCACCCUACGAUCCGCGUUACAAGGUCUGGGAGAUAUUUCUGAUCCUGCUAGUGGUGUACUCGGCGUGGAUCUGCCCACUGGAGUUCGCGUUCCUGAGGUACCUGCCCAGGGCCCCUUUCAUCGUGGACGACGUCGUCAACGGCUUCUUCGCCGUCGACAUCGUGCUCACGUUCUUCGUCCCCUACGUCGACAGCAAGUCCUACCUCCUCGUCGACGAUCACAAGAAAAUAGCAGUCAGGUACCUGUCGACUUGGUUUGCCUUUGAUGUGUGCUCCACAUUCCCGUUCCAGUCCAUCAGCCUGCUGUUCAACAAGCACGACCACGGCCUGGGCCUCAAGUUCCUCAACGUUCUCAGGCUUUGGCGGCUGCGUAGGGUCAGCUCCAUGUUUGCAAGGCUCGAGAAGGACAUCCGGUUCAACUACGCAGUGAUCCGCUGCACAAAGCUCAUCUCAGUCACCCUGUUCGCCAUCCACUGCGCCGGGUGCAUCAACUACCUGAUCGCGGACCGGUACCCGGACCCGAGGCGGACGUGGAUCGGCGCCGUCAUGCCGGACUUCCGCGAGGACGGGCUGUGGAUCCGCUACGUCACGUCCCUCUACUGGUCCAUCACCACGAUGACCACCACGGGGUACGGCGACCUGCACGCCGAGAACAGCCGGGAGAUGCUGUUCGGGAUCGCCUACAUGCUCUUCAACCUCUGGCUCACCGCCUACCUCAUCGGCAACAUGACAAACCUCGUCGUCCACAGCACCAGCCGCACCAGGGACUUCAGGGAUAUGGUCCAGGCCGCUUCAGAAUUCGCGGCGAGGAACCAACUGCCGCAGCAGAUCGAGGAGCAGAUGCUGAACCACAUAUGCCUGAGGUUCAGGACGGAGGGCCUCAAGCAGCAGGAGACGCUGGAUAUCCUUCCCAAGGCGAUGCGGUCUAGCAUCUCCCUGUAUCUCUUCUUCCCGGUGGUGCAAGGGUCCUACUUGUUCAAGGGAGUAUCCUCUGGUUUCAUCCAGCAACUGGUGACGGAGAUGCAGACUGAGUACUUCGCCCCAAAGGAGGAUAUCAUGCUGCAGAAUGACAAACCGUCAGACUUGUAUCUUCUUGUAUCAGGAGCAGUGGACAUUCUGGCAUUCCUAGAUGAAACAGAGCAGAUCUAUGGAAAAGCAGCUGAGGGAGAACUGUUAGGAGAGGUUGGAGUCAUGUCCAACAAGCCACAGCCAUUCACUUUCCGGACUACAAAACUAUCUCAGAUUCUGAGGAUCGGCAGGUCCAAGCUGAUGGACAUCAUGCAAGAAAACGGAGAAGACGGUCAGAUCAUCAGAGUCAACUUUCAGCAAAAACUCCGCGUGGAGCAAAGACUGUACAUCGCAAUGCAUCAAGACGAUCCUCCGGUCCCUGCAUUUGAACGGAGGAUGGAUCCCUGAGACCCCUCGGAUGUAAAAGCACGCUGCAUGCUCGAAGUGUGUUGUGUGUUUACAAGGGAGAAGAAUUUUGCUGUAUCUUUUCGGCACAGAAUUUGAAGAGUGCAGUAGCCUUCAGUAGCAAUAUAUGUAGGAGAAGAAUAAUACUCCAUCCGUUUCAAAAAGACCAUUGUUAUUGACUUUCAGACAACUUGUUUGAUCAUU